AAGAAUGAUAAAACCGAAAACAAGUAGUUUUCUUGCUCAACAGAGCUCGUGCAAGUUCUGAAAUUUACUAUAGUUUCCUUUUGUUCAAUCAGGCUUUGCCUUGUGUUUUCUGUUCUUGAUUCUCCAGCUCUCGUGUUUCGUCAGUGUGGUUCAGCAGCAGUUCAGUGUUGGGUUCGGUCAGAAUCAAAAUUAUUGUCGUGUUGUAGUAGUGGUGGUGUCUGUUGUGUUUUCUUCGGCCAUUAGAUUAUUUUAGGAGUGUUUGCUUUUACCUUUUGGAUUAGAGAUUUUCUCCAAGGAUCAUGUGGAUCCAGUGCUAAAAGUUCUCAACGACAGAAUGCCAUUAGACGGCCCUAGCAAGGCAUCGUUUUCGGCCGACCUCUGCAAUUUUAGGUAGAGGAUGGAUCAUUAUGGGGGCGGUGGCAAAAAGGUGGCGGUGUCGCCGGAGGUGGCUCUGGCCAACGAUGUGUUUGACCAGUUCUGUGCCGCCUCCACCUUCAAGUCCAUUCUCGGCCACCACCGCCACCUCUGCGAGCUGCUCCACAUCAAGCCCACCAACUUCCCCCACUUCUACCCCAAACUCAAGGCCAAACUACGAUCGUGGAAAGCUCAAGCACUGUGGAUCAAAUACGAUAAACGAGCCGCACAUAAAUGUUAUAAUAGAGGCAAAGCAUGUCCCAACACAAGGGUAAGCUUCAAUUUAAAGAAAUAUAUUUUCCAAAAAAAUGACAAAAUAAUAUUGAUAUACAAAUUUUCUGAUCAAAAAUCGAUGUUACAAUUUUGUAUGGCGAGUAUAAGGCAGCUGCAGUUCAUUCUUCUAAAGGUAGCUUUAAUUUUCGGUGUAGAAAUUCAUGAGAACCUGGGUUUCGAAUCUCUUCUUCCACCUUCUGAUGACCCAUCAGAUGAAAGAGGAUGGAGAGCGGUAGUUGAUCCUGCAGAUCACCCAGUCUCUCAGUAUGAGUUUGAUGUUUUAAUUGGUGCUGACGGAAAACGUAAUACGCUUGAAGGUUUUAAACGAAAAGAAUUUCGAGGUAAAUUAGCGAUCGCCAUUACGGCGAAUUUUAUUAAUCGAAAAACAGAGGCCGAAGCUCGAGUGGAGGAGAUCAGUGGAGUGGCGUUCAUUUUCAAUCAGAAAUUCUUCAAAGAGCUCUAUGCGGCCACUGGAAUCGACCUGGAGAACAUAGUCUACUAUAAGGAUGAAACGCACUACUUCGUCAUGACAGCUAAAAAGCACAGUCUUCUAGAUAAGGGUGUAAUCCUCAACGAUUAUGCAGACACGGCGCGCCUGCUGUCGGUGGAGAACAUAGACAAAGCGGCGCUGAUGGAGUACGCACGGGAGGCGGCCGACUUCUCGACGGGCUACAAGCUGCCGCAGCUGGAGUUCGCCGUGAACCACUACGGCCAGCCGGACGUGGCCAUGUUCGACUUCACGUCGAUGUUCGCCGCGGAGAACGCCAGUCGUGUGCUGGACAAGCACGGGCACCGGUUGCUGGUGACGCUGGUCGGAGACAGUCUGCUGGAGCCCUUCUGGCCGACCGGGUCGGGGUGUGCGAGGGGCUUCCUCAGCUCCAUGGACGCGUGUUGGGCGGCGCGUGGCUGGGGCAUGGGACACAAUCCGCUCGAUGUGCUCGCCGAACGCGAGUCUGUCUAUCGGAUACUGGGCCAGACAACACCAGAAAAUCUGCAUCGAGACUAUGCAGCCUACACGCUUGAUCCGCACACUCGAUAUCCGAAUUUGAAUUCUCGUCUCGUCCUACCAAUUCAUGUACGAGGUCUCUAUUCAUCCGAUAAUCCUGAAGCCAUCGAGCAAUGGUUGAAAUGCCCUCCUGCACUCGAAUUACCCAAAAAACGAAGAAGAAAAGAUUCGCAAGUGCACCCGGAUACGUUGCUGCACUGGCUGAAGAAGCAGGUGGCUCUGUACGAUGGGGUGCGCAUCGAGGACAUGACGUCAUCGUUCAAAGAUGGCCGCGCCCUGUGCGCUAUCAUCCACCGCUACCGACCCGACCUCAUCGACUUCCACUCUCUGCGGCCCACGGAUGCAGCUCGCAACAACCAACUGGCUUUCGACACGCUCGAACGCGAACUCGGCAUAUCGCCGGUGAUGACUGGAUUAGAGAUGGAACAAUGUGAAGUGCCUGAUAAAUUAGCUAUGCUAUCUUACUUGUCGCAGCUUUACGACACCUUCCGUGGUGAAAUUCCUCACAUUAAGCAUCCGAAAUUGGAGGAAGACGAAAUUCCGCCGAAAACGAAAGAAGAAGACACAACAGCGAAACUACGCAGCCUGACGCCGGCGCAACGCGUGUCGCUGCUGGGUCGUAUCGUGACGCCGUCAGCGUCGUCGCACCGCAAGCGUCACGCCGCAGUCACGCUGCCGCGUACGACCGACACGCCUGUAAACCGCCGCGCCCGCAAACGGCGCAGUGCCGCGUCCGACCGCGCCGACAAACCUACGCUACAGCAGGAGGAAGACGAAAUUCCGCCGAAAACGAAAGAAGAAGACACGACAGCGAAACUACGCAGCCUGACGCCGGCGCAACGCGUGUCGCUGCUGGGUCGUAUCGUGACGCCGUCAGCGUCGUCGCACCGCAAGCGUCACGCCGCAGUCACGCUGCCGCGUACGACCGACACGCCUGUUAACCGCCGCGCCCGCAAACGGCGCAGUGCCGCGUCUGACCGCGCCGACAAACCUACGCUACAGCAGGUUAAAGAAGACUACGAGGAGCGUCAGCAGGUGCGCGACGAGAUAGAGCGCAACCGCAAAGACCGAAUGAUGCGACGCAUGUACCUGCGUCACCUGGCCAACCAGCAGUUCGUGAAGAGCAUGCAGAUGCUGCAGUCGAACCGACGUGGCAGCGAGGACGCGACGCCUUUCGAAGACUACUCACUCUUUGUCUACCGGCAGACGGCACCCGACUUCAAGGACCGAGUCAAGGAGCUCGAACUCAAGAUGAAUCCCUUUCAGGCCGAGAGAGAAGCGAAAUUAUUGGCAGAAAUAAAACGCGGUGCUCCAGAUCAAGAUUUCUCUGGACGAAUAAAAAAUAUCGAGGCCAAACUGAAAGGAGGAGCAAUAUCUGAUAAGAAGCCAAAGGAUCUUCUUAGAGCAAUAGGUAAAAUUGAAAAGACUGAUUGGAAUGUAAGAGAAAUUGAAAAGAAAAUAGAAGAAAAUAAAAUGGGCCGUGGCCAUAAAUCUCGCCAAGAGAAAGUUCCGAAAUGGAGCCGUGAACAAUUUGAUGAAAAGUUUUCUGCUGUGGAGCGUAAACUGAGAGCGCGUUCGAACGAUGCAGGCAAUCAUAACAAGUACAGCGACAUCGAUAAAAACUUGAAACGCAUUGAACAGAAAAUUAGAGACGGAUCAGUGCUCGAACAGGGAAGGAAUAAGGUCACUGCAAUGGCGGCUCAGCUUGCCAUCAAAAACCAGCCCGAACAAGAGAAACCUCCUCUACAGAAAUCGAAUUCUAAAGCCGCUCUGGCACUUGUAGCUCAGGGAGGCUCUGAGAUGUGUCAUUUCUGCAAUAAGCGUGUUUAUCUGAUGGAACGUCUCAGUGCUGAGGGCCGAUUCUUCCAUAGAGGCUGUUUCCGUUGCGAAUAUUGUUCUACAACUCUACGACUUGGGAGCUACGCGUUUGAUAGAGAUGGGAAAUUCGGCAGCAAAUUCUUUUGCACUUACCAUUUCGGACUGCAAGGCACUCAAAUGAUGAGGGCUAGCAGGAAAAGUGAAGAGCACAGGAGAGCUCUUGGCAAAGAAAAUAAACCAAAGACUCCGGAAACACCAAAAAUUUCAAAGAGAGACGACGUGGAUCUGAAUAGAGGCGAAACGCCGGAACGAGUGGAGUUCGAAAAUCUGAGCGGUGGAGAGGAGCUGGGAGAAGGAGAGAGGGGCGGAGGCAGAGGAGUGAGUGAGAUGGACGAGGACGAAUGGACUGACCGCAACUUUGGUGCCUCAGCCGCUGAGGGGUCCAGCGAUGAACUGUCCGACCUCAGUGAGUCGGAGAACGAUGACGAUGAUGCAGAGGCAGACUUUGCUGAGGCGCUGACGGCGGAUGAGAAGUUUCGCCUGGAGGAGACGUUCCGGUUGGCUGAGAACUGGACACGCCGACAUCGGGGCGACGACUCUGAUGACUCACGGCGAAACUUCAGCUAUCAGGAAUUCGACAGUGAUGAUGAUGAUGAUUCAGACACUGCAACCGAGGGAGAAGAGGAUAUAAGAGCGAGAGAGAUGCGGAAGAAGGAGUUCGAACAUCACGCGCCAAAUAGUCCAGGCACCGAUUCCGGAUCGGACACUGAGGUGAAUAAAAACAAAACUGAUUUUCGGGGUAGUGGUGAUGGUGAUAGUGAUAAUAAUGAUAAUUCAGAAACGUUUACUCCUAGAUAUCAACUCAACGAAGUAGAUUCUCAAAUUAAAAAUGAUGGAUUAUUUUCUAAAAGUAAACAAGCAGAGAAAGUAGUCAGCCGAGGGAAGAAAAAUAUGGAAAAUGGGUCAAAGUGGAGGGAGGUUGAAAAUGGCAAUGAUUUCAAUAAUGGGAAAAAUCCAAUUACUGACUCAUUCGAGCACAGUAUUGACGUUUUAAAUCACAGGUUACAAAAUGAUAUGAUCAUUGGAACUAAAUCUGAGUUGAGUCCGGAAGCAGAUAAAAAAUAUCUUGAUAACAAAGUGAAAAGAGAUAGGUUCUUCAAUAAUGAAGAGUGUAGGAGUGAAGAAAAACAAAACAAUUUGAAAAAUACGAGGAUAUCUCCAGAUGAUACAGUCAUUGUCAAAUCUAAGGUUCCGGUACCUCCGGUGAGAUUGAAAUCUCCUCUGGCGAGAAAAAGCUCUAAUGAUCAGUCAGUUGCUGAUUGUGAAGUGGGUUCUAAACCAACUCCAAUAAGACCCGAGCGGCGACUUUCUAUUAAACGCCAACUCUCGAAUGGUUCACAAUCUGCUCUAGCCACUGAAAGAAUCGACAAAUGUGUGGAUGACGAACCCAAGUCUCAGCCACCGAAAGAUCCAAAGGAAGUCUCAGCAAAGCUCCAACGACAACUAACAACCAUUUUAAACGAUGAAAGCAAACUUGAAAAGCUCACUAACAACAAAAAAUUGCGUAACAAAAAAGAGUGUUCUGUUGCCUCAGAUGAAGAGUACUCAGAGUCGGUAAGUGAGGAAGAAGAUUCAGAAGAAGAGAUUGAAAUAGAAAACUCAGCAACCGAGAUAGAAACAGAUUCAGAGUUCGAGCACGAUGGAUCCAAGCAGGAUGUGAUUAUCGGAGACGUGCCAGCGAAGGACAUUGUGCAGGUGAAGAAAGGCAAGUUGGAGGAGCCGAUGAAAGUGAGAGUGACAACCAGGCCGGGAACAGUUGUGAACGGCAACGGCAGCAAGCAGCUGCAAAAGUCGCCAGACAUACAACUGCAGCUGCGACCUGUGGUGCCAGAGAAAGAGAACAAUAUCAUCAACAACAAUUUCAAUCACACUCCAACACCACUUGUCAAUCCACGGAAGGGCGACUACCUGCUUAACAGAACCCAGUCAACCGAAGGCAUAGCUUCGAAAAUUUCACUGGAACUCAAGAAACGCUACCUUUUGGGGCCCACCGAUUUGACCGGGUCGGUUCGCAAAUCUGGAUCAGCUUCUACUCUUGAUUCCAAACUGAAGAAUUUCGUCGACCAUAUAUCAGAGCAUCAGAAACUGUUGAAUCCAGCAGCAGAGAUUAGUCCAACCAUGCAAGCAUUUCUACAAGGCGCUGAUAAAUUGAAAACAUCGCCAACAAUCGGACAGACUACCCAGCUUUUCAAUAGUGUCAAAAAAGAAAAGGAGUUACCAAGGCUAGCAGAUUUUGGACAUGUUUGCAGUCUCAAAAAUAACAAAGAAGAAUCUUCUGUAGAUAUGAAAAAUAAUAUAAUUGAAGAAUCUAGUUCAAACAAUGUUGAAGAUGUUUCUGAGAAGGAGAAAAUUCUUAAUAGUUUGAACCAGAAAGAGAGCUUAGAAUCCCCGCAAAUUCUCAAUGAAGUUGAUAGUCGACCAAGAAGUCCUGUUCAUGAAACAUCGAUAGUUGUUCCAGACUUCCCAAGAAGAAGUGAGUCAAAGAAAAACCUGGAAGAGGAUGAGGAUAUGGAGAGCGAUUCACUAUCGUCAGAAAUGACCGGAAGUUCAAGUGAAGAAGAGGAGGAUGAUGAUGAAGAUGUAGAUGGGGAAGAAUUAGAUAAGAAGUCGAAAAGUCAAAGUGUGGUUCUUCCUCCUAAGGUUGAGAUACAUAAUUCGAGAGGAGAGCUGAUGGAUGAUGAUGGAGAGUUAGUGGAUCAGAAGGUGGAGAACGAUGCACAUGCAGCAGACAGUGUGAAUGUGCCCGACGUGGUGGCAGUGGCAGCUGAACUCGAUUACAACUCGGAGGAGUGUGAUCGGUCGAGGCAGAGUGACGCUCCAAUCGAUCUUGUGCCCAAAAUGAAUGUAGAUGGAGAAAGCAACAACACUUUCAACUCCAAAAUUAUCACGGUUCCUUCCUCGAUCAACAGCGAAGGACAGAUAUUGAAGCAAGUGUCAACUCCAGCUGAGCUGUUUGUGUCUGAUGAAGGCACAGGCGAGGACAAACUGAGCCGAAAAAGUAGUCCGUCAUCUCCCGUCUCUUUCCAGUGUGAUGACUCGAUGGCAGCCGCCCUCACCGAAACGGAACUCUCCGAUUGGGCGCGUGACGAAGACGGCGUCAUCUCCGAAACCAUAGACGACAUGGAACUCAACAUCAAUCCGCAAUCGCUGCAAUCGAUUACAUUCAGAAGAAACCAGCGACCUCGUAACAGGCGAACCGCCAGAGGCGUGGCGGCCAGAAUCGCCAGAACCGAAGACUUCGAUGAUGACUACACACAUGUCUGUGGCAAAGCCGAUCAUAAUAGAGUUCCUAUCCCUACCUCAACCCUAUUAACAAAUAUCGAUAAUAUUGAAUUCAUGGACACUGGUGGUGAGGAAGACGAGUCGAGUACUGAGGACUCGAAGAACCAGGCCAUCAAAAAUAGUGGCUACGUGCAGUUUGUUAAUUCUCCAGAUUAUGAGGACGAAUUAGCGACGCCCAUGGCUGAAGCACUUCCUCCGUUCAGCACGGCCAGUGACCUCGAGUCUUUCAAAGACAACAAUGAGGACGAGGAGAGCUCACGGCUGACAGAGGACUGCGCCACAACCAGCACCAGUGAAGUCACAACCAUCGUUGACAUGCCAGCUGACAUGCGAAAGAAUAUGGCUUUGAAUACGGCUGCCAAAAAUACGGAUGACAGCGAACCUAACAAUCUACUGUCACCUUGUAUCGAACCAACCUCAAGUACAACUUACGAGGAUUAUGUGAAAAGGCUUCAAGGUAGAAUAUCUCCUUUCAGCAAUGUUCGCGAUUCAAUUGAUAUUAGGAAAUCGCGGCGCAACAAUAGAAUUCUCGACAGCAAUAUUACAAUGUCGAAGCCCCACGAAGAAGCCAUCAUUGAAGACACAAAAACAUCGAACAGUACGUCUGUAUUCAAAUCACCAGAAUCUGCUAAACUAGAAGAGAUAUCUAGGGAACGAUCAAAGCAGAAAGAUCUCAUUCAUGAUAUGGUGAUGAACAAAUUGUUUGCUCAAGGCAAAAGCCCCCAAGAAAGAAGAACAAAGAGGAAUUCUCGAGGUUCAUCUAGUCCUUCAUCUGUUUGUCAAGGAUCUCAAGGCUCAAUAACAAGUGUACAAAAUGAACUCCGAUCAAUCGAAUCACUGUCACUUCCGGUGUGUCCGCAGGCUGUGAAUUUGAAUGUGAAUGUUCCAGCGUCAGUAGAGAGGCCCAAGUCUAUGGCUGCCUCCUCACCGGAGAAAUCUACACCCAAAUUCGACGAUAGUCUGGAACGAAGGCACAGCAUUCACCAAACAGUUCCUGCCAAAUGUUAUUAUCCAAGUGACAACGAUAAGACUCCUGUCAAUGACAACGAAACGUUCUUCACUCCAGUUACCUCGUUCAAAUCGUACAAGCCGAGAUCCCUUUCAGUUCACUGCUCAUUCAGAGUGCAACAACAACAGGAGCUGGAUAACACGUUCAAGUCGAAGCGUGACGUGAUGGAAACGCCCAAAUCGCAGCACACCGAAGCGUACUCGCUGCCCGAUCUUAGGAAGGCGCUGUUCGAUUCGGGGAACAUGCUGAAGACCCCCGUUCUGCCGAUGUCGAAGAGCGGUCUGCUGGACUCAGUGCGAGCGAGUGCCAGGCUCAAGGCCAAGAUGAAGACAGACCAGGAACUGGGUCUGAGUCCCGAGGAUCGCAUUCAGGCGCUGAAGGAGCGGAUUCGCCUGAUGUCGCGGACUGAGUCGACUGAAGCGCUCUCACUCUCGCCCGAGAACAGCAGUCCGAGUCCCACUUCUCCGGCCCUCGUUGACCAACCAACUUCGCUUGAUACUACUCCUCUCGCUAACACCAAGGACUCAACAUCUAGCAGGAAAAAAUCGAAAGACCGCGAUCGGAGGAAAAGCAUAAUUCAAGCUGUUUCUGAUUUCUUCCACAAAAAGUCGCCGUCCAGCGCCUCACCUGGCUCUCCCCCCACCACUUCUGGCAGCUCAAAUAAAUUUUCAAAAUUUAGAAUACAUAGGAAAGACAAAUCAAAGUCUGCUAAUAACUCGGAUUAUGAAGACUAUUGUGAUGGGAAGCAGACGUCACCGGUGAAAAGUCUGAGCGAAUCAGAAGCAAGGAGGAGACUGAUAGAUGAUCCUCCCCCCGUCCCACCACCACCGCUCAACUACUCCCUCCCCACAAAACAGUCAGAAGAGAGUUGCUCUGAAACGGAGGACACGACUCAUGCAGAGGACUCAGCGCGAAGCCAGAAGCCGGGCAGAAUGAGCAAGCGGAUGGCGAGGCAAGCUCAUUUGAGGAGGUUACGGAUGGCUCAAGAAAUCCAAAGGCAGCUUGAAGAAGUAGAAGUGAAGCAGAGAGAAUUGGAGACCCAAGGUGUUCAAAUCGAGAAGGCGAUUAGAGGAGAAACCAGUGGUUACAAGUUAAAUGGCGAAAAAACAGCAGAAGAAAUGGCAAAAGAGGCGCAAAUUCUGCAAGAAAUGCUUCAAAUAGUGCAGCGUAGGGAUGAGUUGCUUGCCCUGCUGGAGGAAGAACGUCACAGGUAUCAAGAGGAAGAUAAAGAUUUGGAGGCGCAGAUGCUGGAAAAAGGAUUACGGCUUACGUCUAUCACAAAUAGUAAAUAAAUAAUAAUGCAUACAUUUUGCAUUAUUAACUGUGUAUAAUAAAGCAUUUUAUACUUUUUAUAGAAACCUAUUACGCAUAAACUUUCAGCAGCUAAAUUCUCUGAUAUUGUUGUGGUAAUGUUUUCGUCUGCUCGGAUGAGUUAAUAAUUGACAUUUUAGAAGAUUACUCACCCUCUGAAAAAAUCUGUACUCUUCAUUAGUUCGAUAAGUAUCGAGUUGUCGUCCUUCUAGUCAAGAAAAUCUGUCAGAUUUAUGUUAUGAGAAUUUUUGUAAAUAGAUUUCAAAAAUUUCUAUUAUUUAUCGAUAGCUUGGAUGUCGGAAACCCCUUUUUGUUGAAUCUUGAAGUACGGUAAUGUAUUUCAUCUUCUAAAGCUGUAGCACAUAGUUGAAAAUCAUAGCAGUAUUUUGUAAGCACAUAAGAGUUUUAUUACUCAGACAGUAUAAUUAAUAGUAUUAGUUAUUAUAAAAUUACCGAAGCAUUGCAAAAAUUUACUCUCAUGCUAUUAAAAGUAUUCGAUUUUUUGAACCCCAGUUCAUUUGAGUACAGUAAUGAAAGUCUUAGAAAUGCAGUUCAGAAAGUAAUUAUUCAAAUCCAUAUUGUAAAAGUUAAAUUCUAUCAAGUAUCAAAUUUGUAGAAUGAGCAAAUAUGAAAUGCUCUGAAAUAUUUAAGUGGGCCUACAUAAUUAACAAUUUUAACAUUUAAUAUUUAUAUGAAUAAUCUUUUAGAAUAUUGAGUUUUUAUUUAUACUUCAUUACACUUAGGCUAGACAAUAUUCUAAUCUUGAAAAUGGCAAACUUAGCUAAACUUCAAAUUCUUGAAUACUGUACAUUCCUUUAGAUCGUCGUCUUAGUAAAAGUAGGAUUUUCUGUUUUUCAUAUUUUGUCCUCCUAGGCAUUGAUGAUUUGAAAAUUAAUGUGUUCAUGAUAUUUGGAGAUGCAUUUUGGAAUUAGUUGAGAAUACUGCACAAUUUUAUUUUUUCCCGGCUUAUACAGCAAUUAAUUCAAUAGUUCAAUGUUUAUCAGAAAUGUGCUGCUGGCACUGUUUAGUCACAAACUUUGAGUGCAGUUUAUAUGAGAGUAAACAUAUUUUCUCAAAUACUUCAGACUGAAAAAUCGGCUAAUCGUUGCCUUAUACUAGUGUUAUGCAAUGAAGAGGAAGAUUUUAGCAAUCGAUAUUGUUUAAAUAGAAACUUGUCUUACCGUAAUAGGUUAUUUCAAUGAAUAUAAUAAUAAUUAUCAAUAAAGACUUAAUGUUUGCAUCUGAUACUGUACAUCAUAUUUUAUUAAUUCAAUCAUUUUCAUGGGCAUCUCACAUUGUUCUCUAUUUAUAAUUACAUGUUUUUGAUAUUUCCUUUGUCAUUUUAGUAAUUUUUGACCAAACAUCAGUAUAAUUAUUAUUUAGUGUUCAUUGAAUGUUCUUAGGUUGAAGAAUAACUGUAUUAAGCUAUAGUAAUCGGUUUAGAAUGAAUUUUUUCAUUAGCGCAGCAAUUAAUCAACUAAUAAAUUUUAUUCUCAACAAUAUUAGACAAUUACUUAUUAGUUUUAAACGUACCUCAAUGCAUCGAUUUUAUUUUUUAUUGUGUAAUCAAUUUAAAAUUACUUUAUAACAUGGGUAUUUUUAAGAUUUUUGUUCAUUGUACGUGAACGCAUUUUCUCAAAUCAAUAUAAUUGAAAACUCGACUGGUUUGUAAAUGAUAUCUAUUAUGUCUCAGGUUUAAAAAAAAACUAUAUGUUUAAAGUAUAUAUUUUUUAUUUAAGGACAAUUAUGUUGACACAAUUGCUUAGUACAUAUUUAGGUACAGAAAAGUAUUUUUCAACUUGUGAUCUUCCACACAUUUUUAAAUACAGUAUGAAUUGUUUUAAAAACUGACAGCUUGUCUUGAUGAAUUUAUUGUUUGACAAAAUACUGCGUGAUUAUUAUAUUUUCGAUUCAACUGGUUUAUUAACUUCUAUCUUGAAAUUUGCAAUUCAAUUAUCAUUUUCAUUGUUGUUAUCUAUUCAUCAAUGUAGAAUUCUUUCUGUCGGAUCCGUUUAAUUGUUAUUACCAUCGGUUAUCACUAUUAUUUUGGUUAUUACCAUUCAAUAUAAUUGGAAUAAGAGUGGCUGAGUAUGUUGUAUUUUUUUUAGUGUGUAUAUGUUAUAGCAUAAUGUAAUGAUCAUUUUGUGAGAACCAUGUGCAUCAAUAAAAUAUGUAGUGAAUAGCUGAUCGAGAUUUACAUUUUAUGUGAUAUCAUAUAGGAAUAAUAAGCUCGAUUAUAAGACGCAUGUAAGAAAAUAACAAUAUGUAUAUUUUUCAAGGAUUAAAGUAGAUAUUAUUUGAACAAAAAA